ACAAGUUGUUCUCUCUCGCUCUUCUGGGUGUUGAUGCUUCUCUGAACAAUUCGACCCCAGCCAGAAUACAGUCACCAUGGCACAGCAAAACCAGCCUACAGGCGAAUACCGCAAGCACCUCCCGGAGCUCAAUGUGCCGAGAUUCCAGGCCAUGCAGCAGCAAGAUGCACACGAGUACGCACACGAGUUCAAGACAAAGCACAAUCCACCGUGGCUUCAUGCCUUGUACAUGUACUGGCGUUCUCUGCUUGCCGAGCCCUUCAAGGGUGUGACAAGCGACGGCAACGUUAGAGAAGGCCUGUUCAACUACCAAGACGAAGGCGUCGACAUCGACAACAUCGUCAAAUCCGCCCAGACCCUUCUCUCCCAAGUCACCGACGAGCAAAAACAAGUCCUCAGCUACCACAUCGACAGCCCUGAAUGGCGAACAUGGUCCAACCCCGAAUUCCUCCUUGCACACAAAGGCCUCCGCCUCGACGAACAAUCAGAACAAGUCCGCUCCUCUAUUCUUGCAACACUCAAAGCCACUCUCUCCCCCGAGGGCUACGAAAAAGCAAUCUCGGCCAUGCGAAUCAACGGCUUCCUCGGCGAAUUGGUCCAAGGCACAAAAGUUAUGAACGAGUUUAGUUACAACUUCGUCCUCUUUGGCGAGCCCUCGAGCACAGAACCCUGGGGCUGGUCUUUCUACGGCCACCACCUGUGUCUAAACAUCUUCCUCUUCAAGCGUCAAAUUGUCAUUUCUCCCUGGUUCACCGGCGCCGAGCCCAACGAAAUCGACUCGGGUCCAUACAAGGGCACCCGCAUCCUAACCCGCGAAGAAGAACUCGGCCUCAAACUCAUGCAAUCUCUCAGCCCAGAGUUGCAGCAAAAGACACAAAUCUACAAGUUGAUGAAAGACCCAGCAAUGCCAGAAGGCCGCUGGAACAGAGAUGAUCAACGCCAUCUCUGCGGUGCAUACAGAGAUAACCGUAUCGUCCCUUACGAAGGCAUCACCCUGCAAGACAUGACUUCGGAUCAACAGUCCCUCGUCUCACAAAUCAUCGAGGAAUACUUCCUCUACCUCCCCGCUUCCUCUCGCGCUGCAAAACUCAAACAGGCAAUGUCUUUCGCCUCAGAAACCUACUUCAGCUGGAUAGGUGGUUAUGGACCUGAAGACCCUUUCUACUACCGCAUCCAGAAUCCAGUGGUGAUUAUUGAGUUUGAUCAUCACUCGGGUGUUUUCUUGAACAACGAGCAGCCGGCCAAGUUCCAUAUUCAUACUUUGCUCAGAACGCCCAAUGCGGGUGAUUAUGGUGUUGCGUUGAGGAAGUGUAUUCCGGCGAAGGAGCAGUUCUUUACUUGGGAGCCGGAAGAUGCUUCGAAGGGGCCUGGUAACCAUGCCAGUCGUCUGGAUUAGACUGAUGGGGUGUAAGAUGUCACUAGAAGACAUGGUUGGCAAAUGUAAAUAUGACGAUACAAUCUUAUGGAUUCCUACCAAAACGC